GUGCAGUUUGCUGUGGAUGAGUCCGGCCUGUGGCUGCUGUACCCGGCUCUGGACACGGAGGGCUUCCACCAGGAGGUCAUCCUGCUCCUCCACCUGCGCCACCGAGACCUGCAGCCCAUACAGAGCUUCCGCACAGGUCUGCGGCGCGGUCGCUACGGAAACAGCUUCCUGGUCUGCGGCGUGCUUUACGCAGUGAACAGUAUGGAACAUCGCUACGCUAACGUGACCUACGCCUUUGACACACACACGCUCACACACACCGUGCCGAGCCUGGCAUUCACCAACAUGCACACACACACCUCUCAGGUGGCCUACUGCCCCAUGGACAAGAAACUGUACGCAUGGGACAACGCUCACCAGAUGACCUAUGACCUCGUCUUUGCUUAUUAGCGCUAUGAAAGGACAAGCCCCCCCGGAAAUCCAGUAAAGAAAGGACAGUAGAAAUAAGAUAAUACUAUUUAUCAGCGUUUUGUUUCUGAAGGACUGUGGAUCAGUCUGACUGAAUGUGUUUUUUAUGAUGCCCUCAGCGGCUGCUUUGUCACAUACACACCUGGGUCAAUAACAAGUAGCGAGAGUAGCAUUUAACUCAGAAAUGAUGUGGAAAUGUUCUUACAUUUGGAAAUAGAGAAAACUCCAGGGACACAUGAAUGAAUGUAUCCAUUGUGUGAAAUCUGUGUUCACAUAUUUUUCUUUUUCUCCAAGUGGAAAGUUUUCAAUUUGAAAAUAUGUAUACCUGUCCCUCUGCAUAUUCAGACUGUGAUGGGGACAUCUCUGUGGAGUAUGUACAGCACUCUCUGUAUGUGUCCCAUUCUGUAACAUGUGCAUCCUGAAAUUGUGAACAGUUUAUUUUUCAUGCAUUAUUAUGAGUUUGGAGGAUUUCCCCCAUGUGUACACACUUUGAAUUAACGUUUAAAAACACAAUGUUCAUCAGAGCGUUCUGGCUUUUGUUGCUCUUACGACGCUCUACGAGUUCAGUGCUUUGCAAUAGGAGUUAUUAGUGUCAUGUUAAGUGGGAUUGAUGAAGUAUGUAAACAAUUAUAGAUCUUUUCAACUCUUAUAUACGGUGGCCGACUGUGCUGGAAAUAUUUGCUUUAAAUAAAGCAAACAUCAAUUUGAAUAAUGAUUAUACUUGAACAUGUUUCAUAAAAAAUCAGAGUAAUAACUACAUUUUGAAUGUGUAUUGUAUGUGUGCUUAGCGUGUUGCAUGUUCACUCCUGUGCAGUAACGUUCUCUAAUUAAGGCUCUGCUUGUUCAAAAUGUCUCCAGACAAAGUUGAUUUCAACUGCUUCCCCACAAGUCUGCCUUUUUUUAAUUUAUAAUAAAAUAUUUGAAAAAGAUGAAGGUUUGGUUUAAUGGUUUUACACAAUUGAAAAAUACACAAACAUAACUAAGAAAUUAUAAACCGUGCAGGAAGAGUCGAAAACCCACUUCGCUUAUGUAAUGCCUCUCCCUGAACAAUGUUAUAAAUCACCAUUUUAUAUAAAACACAAGAUCAAUAUACAAACAACAGCUUCAAUUCAAUCAAAUAGCAAACUUUGAGAACAACAUAUACUAUACUUAACAUAUAAAUGAAAUAACACCGAUGUGAAAACAGUAUAAAACCAGGUAUCAUACAGUGGUCCAAAUGGUUUUUCAGGUAUUUUUUGAAGCAUGCAGCAAGGAUGAAUUUAGUAAUGAGUAUGUAUUGAAGUGCAUAGGAAUGAUCCCUUUACCUGAAAAUAUUUUGUAAAUACAAACACAAAUUUGAUAAA